ACAGAAGAAGGUAGAGCGCAUGGGCAGCCAGCAGGGAAUUAUUCCACAUCGCAUCACAUCCCUCACAUCCAUGGCGUCCUCUCACACACAAACAUGCCCGCGCUGAAGCGCCGCUAGCCGACAGCUCCGUCCCCUUUCCCCCGCUUGCUUUUUUUUUUUUUUUUUUUUUUUUUUGGAAACAACUCCGUCGUGUCGGUGUGUGGGGGAGCGCUCCUCCAUCACUCGCCUCGCUCUGAAGCGAUGGAUGCGGGCUUCUCCGGACCGAUCGUUUGCAGGUUGCGCGGCGCUUCUGCUGAAAUGACCAGGAGGAUGUUUUUCGACUCCCGCCUGUCGAGAUGGCGGCACCUAUAGGACGACCUGCCGACUUGACCGCCGAUUCACUCGAGCGUUGCUGUCGCCGCCGCCUCCCUCACUUCUGUUGAUCCAGCCGUCGCCCCGAUGUAGGACCAGACCCCCCCGGCCCCCUGGAUUCUGCCUCUCUCCUCUGUUGUUUGGAUUUCUGCUGUCAUUCAGACCCACCAGGUUUGUCUGACUCUCCGGUGGCCUUGCAGCCUGCGCAGCAUCCGGUUUAAUUCGGCGUGUCAUGUGACCCUCCCUCUCCAGGACAGAGUAUGCCAUCUACACCUUUCCACAGAAUCCUACGACCCCUUCUGCUCGGAACCUUCAUUCUGGGAUGCUUCGUGACCCUGUUUUUGAUGUAUUUUAAACCCUCCACCAGCUGGCUGACAGGUCCAGUCGAGUCGACGGCUUCCACCGACCGAGUCAAAGGCCUCUUUUCUAAAGGCGAUAAAAAUGUGACGACGGUGCUGAUCUGGCUCUGGCCCUUCGGACAGACCUAUGACCUCAGCGUGUGCAGCUCUCUGUUCAACAUCGACGGCUGCUUCAUCACGGCCGACCGGAACUUCUACAACAAGUCCGACGGCGUGGUCAUCCACCACAGAGACAUCUGCACCGACCUGUCCAACCUGCCGCCGCUCCAGCGACCAUCCUUCCAGAAGUGGAUAUGGAUGAACCUGGAGUCGCCGUCGCACUCCUCCCAGCUCACCGGAAUCGAGAACCUCUUCAACCUGACUCUCAACUACCGUCAGGAUGCUGACAUCGAAGCGCCUUAUGGGUCUAUUGUAGCGGCGGACGGCGAGGAGGACUUCGUCCCGCCCAGCAAGAACAAGCUGAUCUGCUGGAUCGUGAGCAACUGGAACCAAGAACACGUGCGGGUGAAGUACUACAACGAGCUCUACAAACACAUCGAGGUCCACGCGUACGGACAAGCCUUCGGGGAGUACAUCUCGGACCAGGACUACUUCCCCACCAUGGCCAGUUGUAAGUUCUACCUGGCUUUCGAGAACUCCAUCCACAAAGACUACAUCACGGAGAAACUCUACAACCCCCUCUCUGUGGGCACCGUGCCGGUGGUUCUGGGCCCACCCAGGCAGAACUAUGAGAAUUUCAUCCAGGGAGACGCCUUCAUCCACGUGGACGACUUCUCCUCGCCGAAGGAGCUGGCCGACUACCUGCUGCUCCUGGAUAAGAACGAGGAGAUGUACCUCAGGUACUUCGAGUGGCGGCGGCACUUUAAAGUGAAGAAGGCCUACUUCUGGGCCGAGCACACGUGCCUGGCCUGCGACUACCUGCGGAGGCACAAGGAAUACAAGGCUUUCAACAACCUUAACAAGUGGUACUGGGGAGGAUAGUUCCGGACUGCGGCGCUGUGUUGUUGAAGAUGCGCUGUAAGCUUGGACUCGCCCCUUCUUGGAAACACCCGUCCACUUAGACGUCUUAUUUUGAAAAUUCUUUUGCCAAUUUUGCCUUACUUUGCCUGUUGCAUGCACUUGGUUCUCUUUUUUUUAUUUUUACUCUUAUUUGCUGCUACUUUUUUCACAUUUUGUGGCUGAAACUGAUAUUUUUCUGCACUUUUUUUUCUUUAGUCAAAGAGGGAGAUUGACCUGAAAAUAUUUAUGAACUAUUUAUUCAACUGCGGCAUUAUGUGAGAAAAGAAACCUGUCAUCUGUGUUUGUGAUGCAGUCACCUAUGCAGUGUUUAUUGAACUCUAAUGUGAAGGUAAUUCAUUCAACUGUGUCAUUGUACAUAGCGUGUGUCUAUGGAGUUAUGUAGCCGACAUUUUUAUUCCUUCCUUUGCUAAUUCACACCAGCUUAUAUUUGUACAGUAGCACAGACCAGACCCUGAUGUCGUGUGGUGUGGCUGACAUCCGCUGCAGACAGGGAACUACUAUUCUCAUCCUCAUUGUCAUGUGAUAUCUGAAGGAACUCUUUUUUUAGGGGUGCACCGAAUUUGUGGCCAAAGCCAGAGCUAAAUAGAAUUAAAAAUGCUCUCCUGAAUAACGAAUAACACAGAAUAUCCAAUGUGGUUAGGUUUUUAUUAUUAUUAUUAUUAUUAUUAAUAUCAUUAUUGUUGCAUAAUAGUAAUAAUAUUAUUAUGCUAUAACAGUAAAAUUAUAGCAUAAAUAAUGGAACACAUUUACAUGCAUUUUUGUCAAAUAGAGUCAAUUUUGUUUAGAUGAUUUAAUAUUUUUCACAUAUUAUUUUACAUUUCAGACUUUGCUUGUCAUAUAAUAACUAUAAAAACACAACACAAUUUCCCAUUAUAUAAAAAGAUGACCAUGUAAACGGAAGGCUCAAGAUAGUAUGGGUGAACACUCAUUGUAAACUGCAAUUCUGUUCUUGCUCUAAAACAACCGAAAACUUCAACACUGCAUUCAGACUUUGCGUUGCCAUGACGAUGCUCGGAACCCGCUGCACUUAUUACUUGACGGACAACACAUAAACGAUCAAAUAGAGAGGAAACAUUGUGGAGGAUUAUGUUGCCAGGUUUAUACGUAUUCAGUACUUUUUUUUGCACUUUUUGGCCGAAUAUAUUCGGCCACCGAAUGUUCGGUGCAUCCCUACUUCUUUACAGCAGCGGUCAAGUCAUGAACAUCAGAGGAGAGCACAAUAGGAAGCAGUAUUUUCUGCCCAUCCCACAAGCUGACCAGCUGAUUUUGUAUACAACUGUUUCUGCACAGCCUCAUGUGGGUGUUUCAUCGUCGUCUUUAGAGACUGCAUGUGAAAGACGUUUUUUGUUUACACCCUUUACCGUUUCCACGCAGGAUCACGCCCCGAAAACAUUUUAUUUUUCCAUCUGUAGAUAUCACAUCGCCUUUCGAUGUUGUCAGAACAGCACUCAGCAGCUAUUGACCAUGAUGGUUACUGUGCAAAAUCCAUUUAUGCAAGACGAGCCGGUGGCUUCUUGGUACUCAAAACUCAUUUCAGGUUAUUGUCAUUUUGAUAUAUAUCUUCGAGGUCAGAGGGACCACCAAUGUAAAAUAAGAUGAACUGAGUUUUUAUUUUUCGUAUGGAUCGUGGUUCUUAAUGCGCCAUGGAAAACAUGUACAGAAAAGUUGUAGUUAUACGGAGUAACUGGCCGAGGUUCCCUUCUGUUUGUGCACCAGACGCGGCUGUGUUGACAUGGACCUUUUCAAGUACGACAAUGACAGUGUUUGCACAAGGCUCUUCUUGACCUAAGUGACUCUUUAUUGCUUGAUCAUAUGGUCCUGUGUGACGCAGUUCGGAGUGAGGGCACUAUUAGCGCAACAGAAACAUACAGGGUAACAUACAAUGUACUGAUGAGCUUUGAAAAAAUUGUGAAUAUGAGUAUUUUAGCAGCCUGAGUUCUAAAAAAUAGCGAACAAAAUAGCUAGAAAAAAUAUCACAAACACAGCUGGGUCCAUCAAACUAGAUUUGUCCCCUUUCUUCUAUUGUUUAUGCUCAACGUUACGUACGUAUCCGGAUCCAUAUGGAGCCUUCUGUCCAUGCGCCUUAUUUCCUUUGCAUUUCUGCAUGUUUCCACAAAGCUUACGGACCAAAUGGAGCAGUACCACUGGAAACCAAGGGGGGCAGUGUUGCUGUUACUACCCAAUAUGUAGCUCUAAGACAAAAAGAACACAUUUACAAUGGCGAUAUAUUUAACAGCCUCACCACCUCCUUCAACACUGCACCUCCUUCAACACUGCCUCCCUUUUUCUCUUUUGUCCAAGAGGUAUAUUAGCACUCCUUUUUUCACUGUAGCCAUGUUUGUUUUGGAGUUUGUUAUUGGCGUGUCCUCAUUAUUCAGCGACACACCAGAAGCUUCCUCCACAAAAUAUGUUCAGACCUUUAUUCCAGCGUAUUAUACGAUAAUAAUUUGUCUUAAUACUAGCACUAUGAACCACCUGCCUCAGUCUACUAUGACCUUGUUCAACAGAAGCGAUCGCACAAAGCACACGAACAAAGGUCCAUGUCGACACAGCCGAGGGACCAUUUCAGAAGCUAGUUUGUUGUUCAAUAUAUGUACUGUACAUUUUCUAACGUCCGACUCCUGAAGACAGACACAAAAAACGUCAUGUCGGUGCUUCUGAAGACUGUGAAUUAAAGCAAGACGGAUGAGAAUACUUGAAGAAAAAGUGAAUUAGCCGCGUGGGAAUACGCUGGUGAGGAAUGAGGGGUACGAUUUCUGCCCCAAAAGAUAUAUAUUUUUUGCUCUGACGGUAAUCCUGUUGGCAUGGCGAAAUUGUGGCGGUCGUGCAGAGACAGCAGAGAAUUUGUAUUCAUGUGCAAAUGUGUGACUCAUUGUGCCAGUGGCUGUCUCUGAUGAAACUGUUGUCAUCGGUGAUGGCUGCUCUCCCACAGACUAACUAUGGAACUGCCAUUAAUGGGCUCUCACUGCACCCACAAAAAGGCUUCUCAGCCGGCGUGUGAGGUGACUCCAGAACAGAAUCCAUACUCAGAUUUUUUUUUUGCACUGAAAAAAAAAUAAAAACAGGGAGCUUCUCUGCUCCGUGGCGGCGAGUCACAGCACCAGAGUGAGUCAGACCCUGGAUUUUGUCACCAAUAUAAACACAGCUGAUGUCCUUAACAACCAUGUGUGAGGAGGGAAACGUGGUGUGAGAGAUGUUCGGUUUCACUGGAGAUGUCAGUGAGUCAAUCAGUGUGAGGUUGUUGUUUUUUUUUUUUUUUGCCAAAUCAUUGUAUUUUGCCAAAUGGUGUAUUUUAACUGUAGAUGUCUGAUAGUGUCAAAGAAAAUAAAAAAUACGGACA